GCGGCGCGUACGGAACGCCUUCACGCCUGUUCACCGCUCCCGCGCGUAUCUUCACGAUAACACAUUCAAUAUUUAAUUUAAAUUCUAUAAUAAAUAAAUAUUUAAAAAAUAUAUCAUCAUAAUAUUCAUUUCGCGUAAUUAACUAUUUAUUUUUUAAUACGACUGCGAUGUUUAUGUCUUUCGGAAAACAAAACUAUGAACUGAGUAAGUCUUAAUACAGACUUUGAUUAUAAUUAUUUUGAUAAUACUAUUGUGAAGAAACUUUUUGAAAAUGAUGAUGGCUAGUGCGAAACUGGUGAGGGACUGCAGCUCGGAGUUGAGUUCUGACGUGCGGUCUCUGUCUGUGGCCUCUUCCACGGAGGAGCAAGAGUCCACCACCACGGAGUCUGAAUACACCGAGGAAGAAAAGGAAUAUGAAUUAGAAGACCUCCAGAUUUUAAAAACUAUUGGUACCGGCACGUUCGGUCGCGUGUGCCUGUGUCGUGACAAAGCCGCCGAUGAAUAUCUGGCGAUGAAGAUAUUAUCUAUGGCCGACGUAAUCCGCCUGAAGCAAGUAGAUCACGUCAUGAACGAAAAGAACAUUCUCGCCGAAAUCAACCACCCCUUCAUAGUGAAUCUGCGGUGGUGGACACACGAUGACUCCUGCAUCUACAUGCUUUUCGACUACGUGUGUGGAGGAGAGCUGUUCUCGUACCUAAGGAAUGCCGGCAGAUUCAGCAACAGUAUCGGAAACUUCUAUGCGUCGGAAAUCGUGUCAGCCCUGGAAUAUCUCCAUGCCAGGAAUAUAGUUUAUCGAGACUUGAAACCAGAAAACCUACUUCUUGCCAGAGAUGGACAUUUGAAGAUAACAGAUUUUGGUUUUGCGAAGAAAUUAACAGAUAGAACUUGGACCCUGUGCGGUACGCCCGAGUAUCUAGCGCCAGAAAUCAUACAGAGCAAAGGACACAACAAAGCCGUCGAUUGGUGGGCCUUGGGCGUGCUGAUCUACGAAAUGUUAGUAGGGUACCCACCGUUUUAUGAUGACAAUCCAUUCGGUAUAUACGAGAAGAUCCUGAAUGGUCGUGUGGAGUGGCCUCGGCACCUGGACCCUGUCGCCAAAGACAUCAUCAAGAAACUACUCGUACAAGACAGGACCAAGAGGCUGGGAAAUAUGAAGUGUGGAACCGAAGACGUCAAGCGGCACAGAUGGUUCAAACACAUAGAUUGGGCUGACGUCUUCAUGAAGAAACUUCAGCCUCCCAUAAUCCCGGCUGUGUCGUACGAGGGCGACACCUCCAACUUCGACGAGUACCCCGAGACAGACUGGAAGGCCGUGCGCUCAUUAGACUCCGACGAACUCAAACUGUUCGCCAACUUUUGAUGGCCCAAAUGUACGUCGUCGGUGGGUUAAUUUAUAGGUAAAUAUCGCGAUAAAUGCGAGGAGACCAGGCCUAGUAAUAUUUAUGAAACUGCUUAGAAAAGUAAUUUUUCAUAUUAUAUUUAACAUCUUAAGUUAAGUGUAGAUAUCGUUGUUAGUUAAUGAGGCCAAGAGCGGCGUUGUGUUUGCAGAGUCGAUAGGAAACCGUCCGUAUUUGAGUAGAGUAGAGUGAAUAUGUAUUAUGAAUAACCUAUUUGAUUGUAUAAUUGUGUAAAGCCGACGACUGGCUGGAGCCAAGUGGUCUAAAAAUUCCUGACUGUAGGCAAGGGAUUAAUAACAAAAUGAGGAGACUAAACGAGUAGUAAAUCACGGUGAAGAAUCAUUCCGGUGUUGAGUCAUGCACUACUUUUCAAUGGUAAACCGAAAAUUGGAGCAGCAGAUAGAUCGACCAUAAUGUUUAGUUAAUAUUGAAGACAUUAAUUUAACAGUAACUUAGUACCUAUUCAGGAAUUAUACCUAGGUAUAUGGAGACAAGCAAAAUGAUUGAUGUCUGUUCAUUUCUAAUUUAUAAAACAUGUUUAUGUAGUUUUCUCUAUUUCAUAGGCAAAUUGACUUGCUUCCUAUAAUUUCUAAAUCAUAUAUCGUAUUCUGUAUACAUGAUUUGGCUUUGGUCAGUCCGAUAUCGUUAAAUAUUUCCUGUGUGCGCAUUUAUGGGGGACGACUUGUGUAAGUAGUUCGUGGAGUCUACGUAUCUAUUGAAUCAUUGUAAUAAGGACUUGUUUCAUAAUGUCUGAUUGUUGCCGUUAACUUUAACAGGCACACAUUUUGUUAGUAUUUACUAAAUUAGACAUUGUGACACAGGCCGUAAGGCACAUUUUCAUCCUUUCUCUAGUUCUCGUGUAUGUACACCUGUACCCAUGUAAUGUACAUGCCUCAGUAAGUCUACAUAGAGGCUUAAUUAGUAAAAUGUAAAUAUUUAUUUGUAAGUAUAUGCAUUACAUUUCCAAUGCUUUCUAGUUCAAAUGUUAGUGUUAGGAAUUAAAUUAAGUCGCCAUUAUUGGCAAAAAGUGUUUGUGAUUUUGUAUGUCAUAGUAUUUCCCCUUAACUUUAUUGUUUAGAAAUAAAUAUAACGUCAUUAUUAUUUGAAUAUUCGAUAUUUUUCUCGAGUACAUUGUUUGUAAACGAGUCUUGUAGCGCCAUCUAGGAGUGAGGUUUGAAACCUUUUUAUUAAUAAUGUAAUUAAUCGAUUUAUGCGUUAUUUAUAAGUGAAAUCUGACAAUUUGCUUAAUUCCUUUUUUGCUUAAAUGCUACUAAAGAAGAUCUCACAUAAUAUUUACAUUAUAAAGGAAAACAAAAGCAUGAAAUGUCACUUGUAGUAUUAAAUUAUCUACUAUUGUCACGUUACUGUAAUAUCAGGCCAUACAGUAUUUUCUGUGAUCUUUUUAGUCUUGACAAAGAUAAAUUAUUGACGUUUGUUCACUGUGAAACAAUUGUGUCAUAGAAUCAAUGCAGCCAGUAAUUACAAGUUAUGGAAAUGUUACUCACCAGAUCCAAUCGUGGGGGACGAGGGAAAUUGGAGGCUUUUGACCUUAGAAUAAAGUUGAUAA